AUGGCAGCCUUUGCCGGAUUCACCGUGCCCAACACGCACAAAGACAUGGUGCAUGACGUGGCCUUCAACUUUUAUGGAAACCGACUUGCCAGCGUCGGCACCGACCAUCAGAUCAAGAUCUGGGACCAACAGGAAGAUGGCGCCUGGCUCGAGGCAGCCGCCGUCAAAGCCUCGCAUCAUGGCUCGGUGACCCGCGUGCGUUGGGGUCACCCAGAGUUUGGUGCCAUCCUGGCCACCUGCUCCAGUGAUCAUACCGUCAUCAUCUGGGAAGAGCGACCGGGCAUGCAACGCGAUGGUGGACACCAAGUCUGGACCAAGCGCGCUGCUCUCUCAGACGCCACGGCGCCCAUUGUGGACGUUCGCUUCUGUCCUCGCAAUGACGAGUAUCAAUUGGCCUUGGCUGCUUGUUCUCGCGACGGUAUGGUCCGCAUUUACGAGGCUGACGAUGUGAUGAACCUCUCCAACUGGGCCCAAAUGUCGGACUUUCGCAUCAAAAUGAGCAAGGAUGCCCGCGCUACCUCCCUGGACUGGGCCAUCUCCAACCGAGGCGUCAUGCUGCUAGCCGUUGGCUCUCUACACAACAAGGAACAGGGAUUGCAAUUGUAUCAGUUCAACGGUCGCAAGCCUGCCGUUGCCCUGCAAUCCAUGCAACUCGAUGUAACGGACAUGGCCUUUGCCCCGACCCUGAGCCGGGGAGGUGCCGUGGAGAUGAGCGUGGAACAGCAAAGCCUGGAACUCAGUGCCGAGGUCAAGCAUACCAACAGCAUUUGCCGACUGAGCUGGAACGCGACGGGAACCGUUUUGGCGUCAGUGUCCAUGGAUGGUCAGACCAUCCUGUGGCGAGCUGCACUCGUCUUUUCUGUCUGUCUGUCUGUCUGUCUGUCUGUCUGUCUGUCUGUCUGUCUGUCUGUCUGUCUGUCUGUCUGUCUGUCUGUCUGUCUGUCUGUCUGUCUGUCUGUCUGUCUGUCUGUCUGUCUGUCUGUCUGUCUGUCUGUCUGUCUGUCUGUCUGUCUGUCUGUCUGUCUGUCUGUCUGUCUGUCUGUCUGUCUGUCUGUCUGUCUCUCUCUCUCUCUCUCUCUCUCUCUCUCUCUCUCUCGCUUGUUAUCGCAUUGCCCACCACAGUGA